UGGAAGAUGCCAAUCCUUAAUAAAUCGAGAUUAUUUUUUGUGGCCGUGGUUGUGGUUGUUAUGUUUUGUUUCCAGGUGUUUCAAAAAGCUUCGAAUGGUGUUAUUAGUGUUGGAUUUGAUCGUAAUGUCUAUACCUCAAAAAAACCACCUGACCCAUACAGUGAUUUGGUGAUUAUAUAUAAUCGUAUUCCAAAAACAGGGAGCACUAGUUUUAUGAGUGUUUUGUAUUCUCUAUACGAGAAAAACAUGUUUAGUGUAAUUUAUGUGAAUGUUACUUCACGCAAUCGUAGGUUUACGUUUAAAGAUCAAAAUCUAUUUGCAAGAAACAUUACUACGUGGGUGGAACGAAAACCAGCUAUAUAUCAUGGUCAUUUUCCAUUUCUAAACUUCCAGGUUAUGGGUUUCAAACAACCUGUCUAUGUUAAUAUUGUUCGAGAACCUCUUGAAAGGCUUGUGUCUUAUUACUAUUUUAUGAGAUAUGGAGAUACAUUUCUUCCGAAGAAAAGAAGAAAACAUCAAGGUGAUAAACGUUCCUUCGAUGAAUGUGUGAAACAGAAAAGUAACAUGUGUGAUGCAAGUAAACUAUGGCUGCAGAUACCUUUUUUCUGCGGCUCUGAUCCUGAAUGUUGGGUGCAUGGUAACAAAAAAGCACUAGAGAGAGCAAAGUUUAAUGUUGUUAAUUAUUAUUUUUUGGUUGGUGUUACCGAACAUAUUGAUCAGUUUGUAGAAUUUUUGGAAAGUACCAUUCCAUCAAUUUUUAGUGGAGCUAUGGAAUUGUUUACCAAAGAUGGUGGUGUUCAUAUAAGGAAAACUAAAGUUAAAAAGCCACUUAAAGAAGAAACACUUGAACAUUUUCGUAAUGAUCCAAUUUAUCAAAUGGAAUACGAGUUUUACAUGUUUGUCAAAGACCGGUUUACAGAUAUUGCAAGAUAUUCUAAUAAUAAAGUUAAAGUUGCAUAUGGAAAAAUAAAACCUGAUCCGUAGAAAUAAAUAUCUCAUUACAAAUUUCAUUUGCAGCAGUUGCAUAUAUAAAUUGAUUUUGAAGAGGUGUUGAAUUAUAUUGAAACAAUUAAUGGCAAUAACAUAAAUUGUUAAAUAGAUUAAAAGUAUCCAUGAUCAGAAAAAUAUUGAAGGGGAUAUUUUUUUAUUGUGUAUUGUUGCUUGUGUACCGGUACUUCUCCAUCAAAAUACAUGCUAUUUCCUAUUAUAAUAACCAUAAGAAAUACCAAAAAAAUUUUGUGAAUUCUCUUAACACCUUGAUACAUAUGUAUUUAUAUAUAUAUAUAUGUAAUUUAUAUUUUUAAAUUAUAAUUUUAUUUUUGUACAGAUAAGUUGUAGUAGUAACAUUAACUCUACUAUGAUUUUAAUGUGUUGGAUUUUAUUUGUUUGAUCGAUUUUUCUGGCUGAUUCCAGAGGGUCAUAAAAGUGUCCCUCUCAGUGAGUGCCUCUCUAAGUUUUUAUUUUUAUGAUCUAAAAUACGAUAAAAAAGAAGUGACUUCAGGCAGUGUUUACACUUUCAAAAAUUAACUGAAUAUGAACUACUUUGAAAAUUUGGCGUUUAUGUUUUUUGAAAGAACAAAAAUAAGAACUUUUGAGUAUUAAUUUCAUACAUAGCAUGAAGUUUAAGAAAAAGUACAUUGUGUAAAAUCAAUGUUUUCUGGACGGUAUAUAUUCCACCCAGGGCAUUAAGGCUAAAGUGUCCCUAGAACAGUUAUGGUUUUUAUCAGUCAUUUACAGUAUUGUAAGGUUUUAUAGAACAUUUUUGAGAAAUCUGAAACAUUUUUCCGUAAACUAUAUUUUAGCACAUUUCAAUUAUUUUGAUUUAUUAUUUUUAACUAUCAACAAAUUGUAUAUUUUACAUACCCAAUAACAAUUCCUUCAUACGA